AUGGAGGUGGUAGAACCUAGAACUAAAUGGAUACUAGCUCUUGGUUAUGAAGUAUCUGAGGAAGAAGUGAUUGGUUUAACUGGAGUAAUUCUAAGAAGCCGCAAAGAUGAAACUCAAGAAAGACAUGGCACUUUUGAAGAAAAAUCCAAAGCAGUGCAUGAGGAGCAAAUGAAGCCUAUCAUUGAAAAAAAAGUUUGGAAGAAGGUUGAUGAACUGAGCAGAGUAUUUGAGAAGAAAAAGAAAAAGUCAAGUCAAGUAGAAGAAAAUUCUACUCCGACAUCUAAGGAUAAGUUUGGAAAAAGAAAGAAAGGAGCAACCUCUUCCUCAUCUUCAAGAAGAGUAAAGCUAAAAGCCACCAAAGGGAAGCCCUCUAAGGAGGAAGAAGAUAAAUCAAAAGAAGAAGAAUUAGAGACUGAGAUUGAGUCUGAAGAAAAAGAAAAAUCAGUUAAGGGAAAGAAAGUGCAUCUUGUAGAAUCCUCUGAAGAAGAAGACAUUGAGGUAGAAAAAGAAAGAUAUGUACUUUGA